AUGUCUGAAGAGGAGUAUGAAAGUCCAUUGAGAUACUACGAAGGGAUGUUUUUCUCUAGUUUUCAAGAUGACUAUUGUAUGCCGCCAGGCUCCUUCACACCCACCAGAACUGCAUCUGAUCUCCAAGACGAAGUGUCAACACUUUUCCGUGAUGGUCACCCGCAUCACGUUCUCGACGUGGGGUGCGGUACAGGUCAGUGGGCCAAGGAGAUUUGUGAAACGUAUCCCAACGUAGAGGUCACUGCGAUAGAUCUCGUCGAUGUACCCUUAGCUUCUCAUCCUUCUAAUUUCGAAUUCGAAAUACGUGAUGUGACCCUGGGAUUACAGUACAAAGCGAGUUUCUUCGAUGUGGUCCACAUAAGGGACAUUGGUUUGGGGAUCCGGGACUAUUCCGAACUUCUCCGUCAAUGUGUUCACGUUCUCAAGCCAGGUGGUUGGCUUCUUGUGUUGGAGCUUGAGUGGGAAGUCGCUCAUCCUCACACCGGAGAGAAUCCAGAAGAACGGUAUCCCCAUCUGGUGCAGUUCGUCUCUCCUUAUCUCAAUCAUUGUCAUGACCACUUCAACCCGUUUCUCCUGCGUCGUUGCCCAAAGUUGUUUCGAGAAGCAAUGCAGGAAAGAGGGCUUAAUCCGUGGCUGGGGUACAAUCUCUAUGAGACCAUUGAUGAGAUACCCGAAUUAGGAGUAAUCACCAGUAUCCGAACUUCAGCAGCACUAGGUGGAACAAGGUUAUCCCCCACCCAGACAUACAUUGCCGACCAAUCUCAAAAGGCCCUUUGCGAGUUUGUCAAAUCUGUCAAGAUCAUGCUCCAGGAUUACGGAAUUGCGGAUCCAUCCGAGGUCGCUUCCGAAGCGUUGGCGGAAGUGGAGAAAGAUGGAGAUGGUCUGUGCUGGUUUUUCGACUUUUGUGCCGUUCGGAAACUUUCACCAGCGGCUACUGCGGAUGAUGAGGAUGAGAACAAGUACCAAGAAGAGUAG